GCACCUCCCCGGCCGCACCCUGCGCCGCGGCUGUGGCCGUCCUCCGACCCCUGCUCCGCUCCCCCGGGGGGGACCCGUUGUUCCCCCGCCUCCCCCAGCGGCUCUCCGCGCCAUCCCCGCCCGAGGAAAUAGCCUGAGGCAGCGGGGUACCGGGCUCAGACGGCGGUGCCCUGCCGUGACCGGCCGCCAGCGGCGUCGGGGCGGGGCGGUGCUGACAGGUGUCGGCCCUUCUUCCUGCACCGUCCCGGUGGCUGCAGGACAACGAGGGGGGUCGGCCCUGCCCGUCCCGAAAGGAGGAGGAGGAGGAGGGGCGGGCAGCCUGCCCCCGUCCUGAAUAAUGUGGCUGAACCGGCAAUAUCUUGUGAAAUUAGCAGGGCUCCUGUUGAUGUCGUUGGCUGCUUGGUACUUGGGAUACUUAUUUGCUGCUCUUGUAUCCGAAGAGACAAUAACUUCUAUUGCUAAUCUUAAAGACGUUGGAAAGAAACCAGUGUUGAGGGCCCCAGUCCCAAAAAGGCAGAAGUGUGAUCACUGGUCUCCCUGCUCACCUGGGAACUACGCCUAUCGGAUUCUUAGUGGUGGUGGCAAAGGAAAGCUAGCUAAAAUUUGUUUUGAGGAUGAGCUGCUUAUUAGCGAAGAGAAGGGUAAUGUUGGAAGAGGUAUAAACAUUGCCAUUGUGAAUUAUAAAACAGGAAAAGUUACAUCGGCAAAUUUUUUUGACAUGUGGGAAGGAGAGCACUCUGAAGAGAUGAUGGCUUUCAUUAAAAACGCACCAGAAGGGUCCCUCCUUUUGAUGGUGACUCAUGAUGAUGGAAGCACCCGGUUGAAAAAUGAUGCCAAAAAGUUAGUAGAAGAGCUGGGAAGUAAAGAAAUAUGGAAUAUGAAGUUCAGGUCAAGCUGGGCUUUUAUAGCUGCCAAAGGCUUCAAGCUGCCAGAUGACAUUGAAAAAGAAAAGAUAAACUACUCUGACAAGAACAACAACAGAUACGGUGGCUGGCCAGCUGAAAUCCAAAUAGAAGGCUGUAUCCCAAGAAACUUGAUCUGAACAAACGCUACCUCAUUAAUAAAGAAGAUUCUAUAUUUGUAUAUUUAUGACUGUAGUAAAUUGCCUCCAGAACCUAAUAAGCAUCUGGACACUAAUUGUGAAAUAAGUCAUAUGCGCAGUUUUUAAUCUUUCUUUCCUCUCUGAGGUUUUACUCUAAUCUGAAAACAAAUAAGUAUUUUGAUGACAAGUGGAAAUAAAAUACUCUGGUUUGGAAUUACAGUGUUCAGGAAGUCAGUCAUAAAAUGCCAGAAUUUUUGAAAGUGAUUUUUCAUUGUCAUUAAUAAUUUUACUGUUUUGGGUUUGUUUGUUUACUUGGUUUUAGAAUGUGUUUUCUUUUGGUUCCCUUUAAAGACUAAUACACAAAUAGAACUUUGUCUAAAUUCUAAUAUAAAAUCACUAGCAAUAAAGAAAAUUAUUUUUAUGUUAGUUUAUUAGUAACUGCUUCUCUUCAGAAAAAGUAUGGAAAUAGCAGUUACAUUUGUUGAGCUGGUUUUGGUGAUGUUGACAACAUGGAAUAGCAACGUUAACAUGUAAAGAUCAAGUUACUUGAAUUAUUUUACCAAAUUUAAGGUGCAAAUUGACAUUGUUUUAAUUAUUUUUUUCUUCCUGUAAGUUACUUUAAAAAAAUGUUGUGACCUUAUGCAAGCUUAAGUGUUAUUCAUGUUAACUGUAGAAUCAAACAGGUGAUUGUAAGGAAACUGUAGAAGCCAUUUAUUCGAUUUCCCUUUUUCUGAAGCACAUCACGUGUGUCUGGACCUGCCUUAACUGGUGUUUGUCCCCCCUGUUGUUCAGAAGCCACCCAUAUAGCAGAUUCCACAGCUGAAGUUACUCCCUGUAGCCUUUCACUGUUGGUCUACUUAUUCCCCAAAGAUACUGAAUUAACCUAAAAGGACCAAGGCAAUUACAUGGAGAAUAACUCAUCACCGUUCUUUUUAUACCAAUGCCUGGUGGAAGCCCUUGCAGCGAUGCCCCAAAUCUCUACCCUUGUGGCAGCUGCCGCUGCCUACUUGUAGUCACGGCUGUGUGCCCAGCAGCCUUCUGGUAUCGCGUCCACCACCAAUCUCUAAAGCUACUGGUCCCUAAAGUUUCCUGCUACCAGUCUGUGAGCUGCUCCAUAGCCCAGGGAAGCUGCCAAAGCAAGCAGCUAAAUUAGUUUGACUCACUUUGACUUUGGCAAACUCACAAUGGUUGCUCUUCAUCACCUUGCUACCAAUGAGGUGGUUACAAAUUGAGUACUUUAAUAGCUGUUUCAAUAUUUUUCCACAUCUAAGUCAUUCUUCUUUUGUUCUUUUUGCUUGUUCAUCCUACAAGUUGUGUAGAGUGGUAUUUUACACAUCUAAUAGUAAAUGCACGUGAACUGUUGUAACAUGCUGA